GCCUGAUAAUUAAGUUAUUUCAAUUCAUGAAUGUUCAAGAUUACAAAUAACACAAGAAUGUAAACAAUAAAAUUUGUUUCUUGUUUACAUAACAUAAUAUUAUUAGGUAAAAACCUGAUAUUCACAUUAGUGGUAGGUAAUUAGCAGUUGUCCUAAAAUCCCUCUCCCCCUAUCUUCUCUCCUUUAUAUUAUAUGCAGAUUUACUGCCUAUAAUUACUUUUCUUUCACCUUACAUUUUACGGUUUCCUACUUCUCCUCUAACCCAAAAAAUAAAUAAAUAAAAACAAUAUCAAUAUUAUGGAAAAUAGAUACUUAUUAAUUUUUAUGUUGUUAUUAAUUACAACAACUCUACGUUCCAAUGCUCAAUCUAUUCCAUGUACUAAGUACAAAUUCGCGGCAACCUUAAACAAACCAAAUGGCUAUAAAAAUUGUAUUGAUCUCCCGGUAUUAAGCUCCGCCCUACAUUAUAGCUAUAACCCUUCAUUGGAAACACUAGACAUUGCCUACCGCCACCCCGGUAUGGGACCCGGGGCCUCCUCAAAGUGGGUUGCGUGGGCCCUUAACCCUACCGCGAAAGGCAUGGUUGGUUCACAAUCAUUGGUGGCAUACCGUAGUCCCAAAGACGGGUCCAUUGUGGCAUACACGUCCCCUAUAACGUCCUAUGCGACCACCCUUGCUAAGGGUGACUUGAGUUUUAAUGUAACGGGACUAAAGGCCGAAAUUGUUAAUGAUGAGAUUGUUAUGGUUGCAACGAUUAAGGUCCCUAAUAAUGGGACGGUCCUUAACCAGGUUUGGCAAGAAGGGCCCCUUUCCGCGGAUGGGACUAUCCAGCAGCAUCCGCUUUCGGGGCCUAACGUUCGUUCCAUGGCUUCCCUUAAUCUACUUUCCGGUGCCCUCGCUCCUACUGGUGGUGCCAGCGGUCUUGGUUCUUCAUGGAAAUAUGCGCAUGGGGUGAUGAAUGUAGUAAGCUGGGGAAUAUUGAUGCCAUUGGGAGUAAUGAUAGCAAGGCAUAUGAAGGCUAUUAUACCAUCAGCAGACCCAACUUGGUUCUACCUUCAUGUUGGGUGUCAACUCACGGCCUACAUCGUCGGAGUGGCUGGUUGGGCCACCGGUCUCAAAAUCAGCAACGGCACCCACGAGUUCUUCCACCUAUCCCACAGAUGGAUCGGCAUCAUUCUCUUUUGUAUGGCCACGCUUCAGGUGUCUGCUCUUUUAAUUAGGCCACAUAAAGAACACCGUUAUAGAAAUUACUGGAAUAAAUACCAUCAUACAAUUGGAUACUUGAUACUGGCAUUAAGCACCGUCAAUAUAUUGCAAGGUCUCAAGCUCCUCGAUCCUGCUCUAGGUUGGAAGAUUGCCUACCUGGGUCUGCUUCUGGUAUAUGUGCUCUCUGACUUUGUGCUCGAGUACAUUGUUAACAAAAGAAACAAGUCCGAUUUUGCAGAUAAGUGAAAAUCAGAUGAAAAUAGCAGCACACUAUUUUAGUAUCGUUUAACAAGGGCCAAGAACGUAGUACACUACACACAUUGAUUUAAGUCUAGUUUUUGUAUGAGCUUUCUUUAUUUUCUUUCAAUUUUUUAGCAGAUUGACAUUUUUGAAGCCCAUUUUUAGAUGUGAUAUUGUAUUAAUGUCAUAUGUAUGGUUAAUUACUUGAUUUGUUUUUAAUUAUUUUUAAAUAAAAUUAGGUUAAA